UACCUUCCUUAACCUGAGUUUCAGAAAUCAGAGAGCUCUCCGGCGAUGGCAUUUCUUUACUCCAUCACCCUCCAUACCCCUCUCCUUCCCGUCCGACCUCGUUGCGUUCUUCUUUACCCUAAACCCCAUUCAUUAUUUCCAACUUUACCCCUCCGGAACGUCCGAAAUUCCGUUCCUGUCCUUGCUCAUGCUUCUCCAAAUGCCAUCCCCGGCACAGAGCAGGAGGUCCUCCGGGCAGUGGUGGAUUCCGACGAUAAUACUCUUCCUUGCGUCAGGACUUACGAGAACGACUUGGCUCGACUUACUCUGGUUGGAGCUGUUGACUUUGAGCAGGCUCUGACGGCGGCCGCUGCCGACGGAGGCCAGGCUGCCGCCGAGCAUAUUGAUAACGGCAUGCCCGCCAUGGUUGUGGAGACCCUUUAUCCGGGAGCUUUGGACCAGCAUAGCACGGUCUCGACCAGGCUGUUUCUACCUGCGAGUAAAGUUAUAGAAAAAGCCAGUAGGCUGAGACGCUCCUUCAAUGACGAUAUCUUUUCUGGUGCUACAUCUAAGAAUAUACUUGCCAUGACUUUUAGACAAGUAGUGCUACAACAGCUUUGGAGCUUUGAACUGGUUAUUUUCAGGCCUGGAACUGAAAGAAAUAUGGAUGAUCUUGAAAACCCAAGAGAGGUCGCUGCAUCUUUCGCUCUUAGGUCAUCAGAUGAAGGGGUUAUCUCUGUGCUUGCAGAAGCUGUUUGCAUAUCUGCUCUUCAGAGCACUGAAAGAAAUUUCCUUGAUAGUUAUCUAGGAGGAAGUUCGAGUAAUUUAUUCCACUGGCUUCAAAAGCCUAGACAAGUUGUGUCAAAAGAUUCUUCGGUUACAAUAACUAAAUUGUUUGAAGAUGAGGUAGUUGAAAAUGCCAAGAGUCUUCUGCAAAAUUAUAAUUCAACUAAGGGACAAUUUAAGCCUGUUAGAAAUAAAUCGAAGUACAGUUGGUGGAAGCCAUCAGUGCACUCUAAGUUGGAAAAGAUAGGUGGUCCUCAAUUCAUUGCUUGGAUAAGUGAGUAUAUUCCUGCUUACAAGAUACAAAUUGACGCUGACCGACUUAAAGAAGUAAAAUUUGAAGGCUGGAGAAAAUCUUCGGAGAAUAGGUGGGAAGUCCUUCUCACACACUCCCAAAUGGUUGGAUUGUCAGACAUAGUAGACAUGUACUAUGAAGAUCUUUACUCCUUGCCUAGUAAAGAACUCUCAUGUGGUGUGGUUGGAAAUUACACUAAUUUGCCUACUAAAAAGAGAAAUUCUUUUCUGUUAAAAAUGCUAUCGGUCACCAUUGCAAGUGGAAUUUUUAUAAUUGCAACUAGUGCCUUUGGUCAACUUUGUUUUCCCCAUCUGAAGUUUGGAAAAUAUUCCUGGGAACGAAGGUCUCUUCUUCAGUCAUCUAAAGUUGAAAGUGUACUACUACAUCAAUCUCUGGAUGAUGCCGAGAUGGAAUCAUUCUGCAUAUCAGUCGUCAAAAAGAUUAAAGAUGCUUUAUCCUGGCCUGGUGAUAUAAUCACAGAAAGAAACGUGGGUGUCUGGGCUGGCGAAUUACCGGAGUUCUUGAGGAAGGCGAUUGAAAAUGAUUCUAAUAGCGAAGACGUGUCAACUACUUCUUCCUUUAUAGAAAACAUUGAUACAAACAUUAAGACAUCAGCACAGGAUAUAGCCAGUUAUCAGGUGGUAUUGUCAUUAGAUGGGAAGCUAAUUGGGUUCCAACCAAUGAGUCGCGUCGCUGUUAAUCAGUGGGCUGCAAAUCCUCUAGCAAAGGAAUUAUAUGGUGGAAAAAAGCUUUCUCCAGCAGGCUUAAUCGAACCUAGUCUCAAGAUCCCUUGUCCAAAUGGGGUUGUCGUCGUAGAGCUGUUGAUGUCAUUAAAACCUGAUGCUUUUUUCGCUCUAGCUAGGCCAAGUCGAUGAUUAUAAUUGUUAUUAUAUGUUUUUCAUUUUGGUUUAUUUUUCAUUUUUUUUUUAUAUAAAAAAAAUAAUUGUUAUGGCUUUAGUCGUUGGUUGUGGAAUUUCAUAAGCGUGAUAUAGUCAAACCGUUAGAAGAGAUUCAGUUACUCCAAUACAAAUAGUAUAUUAAAGUUUCUCCUUUGGUUGA